CACGGCGUCACGCGUCAACAGCCAAAGGCCAGCAGUUUGAGAUCGAAGGAGCCUUCUCUCCUCAUUCGGCAGUCACAAUCCAAAUAUCUAAUAUCCCUACCACCACCAAUACAUUAUUCUUCCAACGGCUAUUUUGCCAGCAACAAGGCCAUGAGCUUCACCCAACUACAUAAUACACGCACACAACUACAAAAUUUAUCUUUUCUUAUUACACAAUAAACUCUCUCUCUCUCUCUCUAGCCGUUGGCUGGCCUAUUUAUUCAAUCCUACUCCAUCAUCAGGCUCUUCUCUCAUAAAUUCCUUGCCUUUCACUCCCAAAUCAUCAACUACAUCUCAUCUUAAUACACACACAUCUCUCGCAAACCCAAAGAACCAUCCUCAAUACACAACCAUAUCGCUGCUAUAUAUAUAUCGAUACCCACUACACACAUACUCUCAUCUGGCUCAUAUAUACUUCCUUUGCUUUCUUGCACCAUUUCAUUUCUGUCAUUUCCAUGGCCUGCUGCUUACCCCUGCAGAUUUCCAUGGUCCGAAAGAGGUGCAUGGGGUCGCGGCUAGGCUACAGGCCCUUAACUGAAGAGGGGUUCGGCGAGAGGGAGAGUCCGGUGACGGUGGUGGUCGGGAAGGAGAAGAGGGAGUUCCUGGUCGAUCCUUUUGUGCUGGAAGAGAGCCCUUUUCGGGUUUUGAUCGAGACGAUGAACAAGAACAGCGAGGUGGCGAACUUUAGUGAUCGUCGACCGGUAGUCUAUGGCAAGGAGAGGGUGGUUUUUGUGGAUGUCGAUGCUAUUUUGUUUGAGCAUAUGUUGUGGUUGUUGUAUAAUGAUUGCUCUUCCUUGUUUAAGCUCAAUCUCAAAGAGAUUAUCGACUUCUAUACUCAAGAUUAUUAAAGAGAGAUAGAGGAAGAGACAGAGACCAGAGGUAGCCACAUGAAAUUGAGGUACCCUGCUCACUCUAAUGCGAGCCCAUCAGCCAUAGCUGUAGUUCUUGCUGUAAAGGAAAUAAUUCACAUGAAGAUACAUAUAUUUAUACAUGUCACAUAAUAAAUUAUUGUCUCUUAAUCUUUUAUCUAUAA